UAGGGCCGCGGGGCCGGCAGGCUGCACGCAGGGUCUGUCGGAUCCUGGCGGCGCGCACUGGCUGAGGGGAGGGCCGAGGGCCUUGGCAGCUGAGGCGGCGACUUUGGCGUCCGUGAGGGCGCAGCUUGGGGUCAGGAUGCGGCGGAGCCCCCGCCCGGGCUCGGCCGCGUCCCAGCACAAGCACACGCCCAACUUCUACAGCGACAACAGCAACAGCUCAGUGAGCGUCACCUCGGGGGACAGCAGCGGGCACCGGUCAGCUGGGCCGGGGCCCGGGGAGCCCGAGGGCAGAAGAGCCCGGGGCUCGAGCUGCGGUGAGCCCGCCUUGAGCGCCGGAGUGCCCGGAGGAACCACAUGGGCUGGAAGCUCUCGGCUGAAGCCAGCGCCUCGGAGCCACAAUGGGCAGACCGCCUGUGGCGCGGCAACCGUGAGGGGCGGGGCCUCGGAACCGGCUGGCUCUCCCAUAGUCUCUGAGGAACAGCUCGAUCUUCUCUCGACGCUGGAACUGAGGCAGGAGAUGCCUCCUCCGCGUGUGUCCAAGAGCUUCUUAAGCCUACUCUUCCAGGUGCUGAGCGUGUUGUUAUCCCUGGUAGGAGACAUGCUGGUCAGUGUGUACAGGGAGGUCUGUUCCAUCCGCUUCCUGCUCACGGCUGUGUCACUGCUGAGCCUCUUUCUGGCAGCACUCUGUUGGGGGCUCCUGUACCUGGCCCCUCCUUUGGAGAAUGAACCUAAGGAGAUGCUGACUCUAAGCGAGUACCAGGAGCGCGUGCGCUCCCAGGGGGAGCAGCUGCAGCAGCUCCAGGCUGAGCUGGUUAAACUCCACAAGGAAGUGUCCAGCUUUCGUGCAGCUAACAGCGAGAGAGUGGCCAAACUCGUAUUCCAGAGGCUGAAUGAGGACUUUGUGCAGAAACCUGACUAUGCACUGAGCUCUGUGGGAGCCUCUAUAGACCUAGAGAAGACAUCCCACGACUAUGAGGACACGAACACUGCCUACUUCUGGAAUCGCUUCAGUUUCUGGAACUACGCCAGACCACCCACGGUUAUCCUGGAGCCAGAUGUGUUCCCUGGGAAUUGCUGGGCUUUCGAGGGUGACCAGGGCCAGGUGGUGAUCCGGAUGCCAGGUCGUGUGCAGCUGAGCGACAUCACUCUGCAGCAUCCACCACCCAGCGUGGCGCACACUCGGGGAGCCAACAGUGCCCCCCGUGACUUCGCAGUCUACGGCCUCCAGGUUGAUGACGAGACUGAAGUUUUCUUGGGGAAAUUCACCUUCGACGUGGAGAAAUCUGAGAUUCAGACUUUCCACCUACAGAAUGAGCCCCCAGCUGCCUUUCCCAAGGUGAAGAUCCAGAUUCUAAGCAACUGGGGCCACCCCCAUUUCACGUGCUUGUAUCGAGUCCGAGCCCAUGGCAUUCGAACCUCAGAGAGGGCAGGGGACAGUGCCACAGAGGGACCCCAUUAAACAUGCUUAUUGUUGGAGUGCAGGUCUGUGCUGAAAGGACCUGGAUCAGUGCUGGGAGGUCUGCUGGGGCUCUGGUUGCCUUUGGUAUAUAAAUAUGGUGAGCGGUCUAGCAAAGCACCCUCUUCUAGAAGUCAGAUCAAUACAGUAGCAGCAGCAGCUCAUAUUUAUGGAGUGCUUACCAUGUGCACAAGACAGUACUCUGGAUGUUGUACACAUUACCUAACUAAUCCUCACAACCACAGAGGGGGAAGCCACCCAGAUCAGGAAAGUUGCUCAAGGUCACACAGUGAGUGAAGAGCCAUGCCACAAUGGGACCCCAAGCCUACCUUCCUCCAGAGGCCAUCCUCUAAUUGCAGAGCUGCUAGUCAGCAUGAAGCCAUGCUUGUGCACCUCAAUUCCACCCCCAAUCUCUGGGAGAGUUCCCCAACUCUGUUAAGUGCAGGUGCAGGUGCAGGGGGAGCUACCCCUUUUCUUCAGUAAAAACUAGAGACUUGAGAACCUCUAGGAAGCAUCUGAGUCAGAGUCGAUACAGGCCCACUAGCCCGUACUCAGGUUGUCUUCACUAAGACCUGAGUGCCCGACUCUACGCUAGGUACAAUACAGUGUCUUGUUUACCAGUCCCUACCCUCAAGGAGCCUGACAGGGGAGAGAGAAUGCUACAGAAAACAGGACAAUUCAUCUGCUGAUCCAAGAACUCUUCACUCUAAGGGAAGGAGAUGAGCAUCAAAGGAUUGAGAUCUACCUGGGCAGAGUAGAAAAGGGGGCCAGUGUGAACAAAGAAACAUGCAACAUCUUGGCCGUUAGGAUUCUUUUCACUGCUCCUGUUUUAGAAGAAUAUCCAGACUAUUAAUAGUGGUUACACCUCUAAGAAGUAGAAUGCAUGAGUAUGUGUGGGGGUGGAACAUGUAUCCAUCUAUUUAAAUUUGGGGGUUAUUUUGUAAUUUGAAGACAAAAGAAAAAAUUCUAUUGAGUGCUCUUUAAAGCUUAAGGUUUUCUAACUAAUGAACUAGUACAGCUUUUCUGGAUGGCAGUUUCAUAAUAGGAACUUAAAACCUUAAAAUUUUUAAGGUUUUAAAAUCACAAUAGGAACAAAGCCUUAAAAAUUUUUAUACUCUUUAAUUACAGCAAUUCCAUUUCUAAGAAUGGAUCCAAAGGAUACAUAGAUAUAAUCAAAGUUAAUACUUUGAAGGAUGUUCAUCACACUGCUGUUUAUUUAAACAAAAACUGGAAAUAGCAUCUAAGAAGUAUACUACAAAAAUAAUAUGCAGCCAAUAGAAAUGGUAAUAUAAGGGAACAUUCAGUAUCAUGGAAAGUAAUAUAAUAAUAUAUAGAUGACUUCUUAAAAAGCAAGCUAGACUGGUAUACAUAAAAUUUUUAAAUUUCCAUAUUAAAAGAGUUAUAUUUUUAAAAAGUUAUAUAGACCAAAAGAUACCAUAAAUGAAAUGAUAAUAGCUCAGUGGAAAAUAUUUUCAACAUGUAUAAGAGACAAAGUGUUAGUAACUGAAUACCCUAACAGAAUAAAGGUUAUAAAGACAACCACCUAUAAAAAAGCUAUUCAGAAGAGAUACAAUUCACAAAUAAACAUGUGAAAUGAUACCUAGCCUUCAUAAUUAAUUAAAUUCAAACUAAAAAUGAGAUUUCUUUUUUGUCUGUCAGAUUAACAAAAUGGGUAAAAAAUUGUUAUGAUGGGCAAUUUACAAUACUAUUAAAAUGUUAAAUAGUCAGACCCUUUGAUCUAGCAUUUUCAUUUCUAGGAAUAAAUCCUUCAGAAACAUCCCAAUAAAUAUGCACAGAAAAAUGUACAAAGAUAUUCCUUAUAGCACUGUUUGUUAUAACAGAAGAAAACUGAAAGGGACCCAAAUCUUGAUAAGUAAGAGACUGGGGAAAUAAGCUACAGCAGUCACAUACAGAGUAAUAUAUAGGCAUUAAGAAGAACGAGGUCAGCAACAAACACUGUAAUAUCUAUCUACAGGAAAGAAUUUGUCAGACCUAGGAACCCUAGGAACUACACCCUGCUCCAUUAUCUAUUUUAUACAAUGUUUAUAUUUGAAAUAAUUUUGUACUAAGUAGCAUACAUUUUAAAAACACUUCAAAGAAUGCUGAAAUAUUAUGUACAAUAUGAUCCUGAUUUUGUAAAAUAAAAAACAUGUGCCACUGUAAAUAUGCAUAAAAAUUUUAAAUAUGCACCAAAUAUUUUAUUGGAACAUGGCGUU